UUUUCUACUUUGGCAUAAAAGUCCUGGAAUAUCUCAGUGGCUUCCUAAUCCCAUUGCUAACUAGAUAUAACUGGUGGAAACAGCCAAGCUUUCCCUGUUGAACUGAGGACUGGAUUGCAAUUGCCUUUAUAAAAAGUUUUUUUUUUUUUCUACUUUGGCAUAAAAGUUCUAGAAUAUCUGAGUGGCCUUCUAAUCCCAUUGCUAACUAGAUAUAACUGGUGGAACACAGCCAAGCUUUCCCUGUUGAAUGCAUGCCUGUCAGGAAGUCUUCAAAAUGCCACCCAGCGCUAGAUUUGGUGGUAAAAGACUUGCUGGUUUUGAAUUAAAUUGCUAGGGACAGCUAGUUUUGGGGAGACUGAGGCAGGACUGGGUUGCAAUUGCCUUUAUAAAAAGUUUUUUUUUUCUACUUUGGCAUAAAAGUCCUGGAACUUCUGAGUGGCCUCCUAAUCCUAUUGCUAACUAGAUAUAACUGGUGGAACACAGCCAAGUUUGUUUAGGUUUUAGUAUUUGUUGGAUGGAUUUGGGAGUAAAGUAUUUUUUUAAUACCUUGACUAGAAAUGUGCUGUUGGGGUCAUAUUUUGCAAAUUGAAAAGUAGAUAAGAAAUGGCUUUUCAGAGCAGGAUUCACACAAUACACUUCUCUUGCUUAAUUAAGAACGACGUACUCAGUCUAAUUUUGUUUGAAUAAUAGAUUAACCCUAAACAAGCUGAGCUAAGAUAUGGUUAAUUGUCUCAAUUAAAUAUGAACCAUGUAUGGGAAUCUAUCCCAAUAUCACCUAAGCAGAGAAUUUUUCUAAUCUGUUUGCUGAUCCUUUUAUGGUGAAAAUAUUAGGAGCUGAGCUGCUGAUCUUCCAGUUGCAAAGGAUACAUUUUCUUUCUUCAUUUCCCCCUUUACUGAAAAAUCCUGUUCAAUAAGAAAUCCAAAAUAAUGUCAAUUUCAAAACUGUAUGAUUUGAACACGUCUUUAAGCUUUUCUGAAUUUGCAAUCAUGAACAUCAAUGAUUUUGUGAUACUCCCUGGUUCAAAAACUGGAGUUUCUGUAAAACUGAAGGAAAAAAGUGUACGGGAGCUGCAAUUGGAAAAAGUUCAGCUGGAACUUGAAAAUAAGGAAAUGGAGAAGAAACUGAAGCAACUACAAUCAAAUAUGAGCCGAGAGAAACAAGACAGAGGGCGAACAAAUGGGUAUCGAUGGAAAUCAGGUCACACUAGUCUAAAUACACAACCACACAUUUUACAAGACAAAGAAAAUGCUAUAAAGGUUCCUUCAGCCAAAGUAAAAUUGAGGCUACUUAAAGAACAUAUUCCAGCUUCAGAUGCAGCCAAACAGCCAUUUCUACAUAAAACAGCAAAUGAUGCAGCCACUGAAAGGCCUAAAGUGAAGGGCAAGGCAUGUGGUCAAUGCGAGAUGAAGAUUGCAUUGCUAGUGUGUUUAGAAUGUGGAGAAGAUUAUUGUCCUAGUUGCUUUGCCAGAAUACACCAGAAGGGAGCACUGAAACUCCACAGAACAACUUAUUUGCAGGGAAAAGCACAUAUCCCAGUUGGAAAACUGGAAGCUGCACAGCAGUUCCUGAAAACUGUCAAUCCGUCGGAGACUAAUGACUACAUAAAUAAUGGACAGGAAAAAAAAGUGACCAAUGCAGUAGAGGAUAUGGUUGCUGUUCCUCCACCUUCACCAAAAAUACCAACAGAUAAUACUGAGACACAGUCUACAGUAUCUUCUACCGAAGGCUGGGCUGAGAUUCAAAGCGGUGGAUUUUUGCUGCAUGGCACCUUUGAUGAAAACGAAUCUGCAAAGUCUUUUCAAGAAGCUCUGAAUCAGUGGAGAAGUGGAAAUUGUUCCCAGAAAAGUAAAGAAGAACGUUCCUGCCAGGUUGGGUCAGAAAAUUCAGGUACAUGUCAGGUGCAGACGAGCCCUCCAAUUAUGAAGAAGUCUAUUGAAAUUGAAUUCAAAGAAGAUAGCUUGAACUAUAUGGAAAGAUUAUUAAUUAAGAAGCAUAGAAGAGCUCCAAACGAUGAAUUGUCAUAUAACAUUAUAGUGGAUGAACUAAAACUCAAGGAAUCAUUGUCAAAUGGAAUUCCUGAUACUUGGAACAGAGAAAAGGAAGAAGAGGAGACGGAGAAGGAGAAGGAGGGGGAGGAGGAAGAGGAGGAGGAGGAAGAAGACAUAAUAAAUGCUCGUGAAAUAGCUAUAGAAAUGAAAAAGUAUUGGGCAGAUGUAUUGGAACAAGAAGAGCCUGGGACUGUUCUUACAAGUUCUGAACCUUCUUUGAAAAUCAAGAUCCUUGAUGAUGCUUGUAAAGAAGAGACCGAAGAAGAAUCCACUAAUUUUAUAGUAAUGGAAGCUGGGUCUGAUGAGCUGAUAUAUUAUGGUAGUUCUAUGUCAAAAACUCAGAAGACUGAACCAGAUGUUUUUCUGCCUCCCUUCAACAAUAUGAUUACAAGGUCACCUCUUUCUUCUAUAGUUAACAGAGAAAAGGGCUUAACUUUUCUUUGUAGCAGACAUGAAGAAACUCCUAAAACAAGAACAUCUUCACAGUUUGAAAGAGCUGAUGUUGCUGGUAGUUGUUCCUGUAGAGAAGAAAUGACUCCGAACUCCUUAUCUGAAAGAGCAAUAACAAAAGACAAGAGUGGUAAAAUCAAAAAGAAAAGCUUUUGCAUGUCAAAUGAGCAGACACCAAGUCCUCCUCAACUGGCUGCCAGCAAAUCUUUCCCAGCAAUGGAGUUAGUUAAAGAAAACAAUGUGUCUCAAGGCAUGCAUGAUGCUUCACCAGUUAUUCCAGAAUAUUCUUUGUUGUCACAGGUAGCUCUAAGAGAGAAACCUGUUUGUAACCCAUACAAAGGACUUGAAGAAUUUUUUACAAUGGGUUCAAAUUGUCUACAACUUAAGAUGAAAUCCGUUCCUUCACCAUACAAGGCCCAAGAUUCUCCAAAGAACAUCAUUUCAUUUUCAGGACCUGAGCAGUGGACAAGGCACUUGAGUCUAGGGGAAUGUGCUGAUGAAUGUGUAGUACAAGAAAUAUUGAACAAUGAGCUUGGUAGACCAUUAACUAGACUGGGAAGGCAAACUCCAUGUACAAGACUUUCUCAGUCAAACUUAUCCAUUGGUAAUGCUUCCUCAAGACCUUUUUCUGCAAAUAUUCCCCUUUGCAAAAUGGUUAAACACCAUCCUCGCCCAUCUUCAGUCAUUGAGACAGGAUCCAAACAUUUAAAUACACAACCUUUAUCUCAAGCGGCUUUUGAAAUUUCAGAAAUUUCAGGCAUUGAUGUCACUGAGAAUGAUGAUCCUUCUUUAGAGUAUCACACCAGUCAACAAACCCUAACAGAUUUAGACCAUGAAUUAAAGAGUAUUUCAGAUUCCUGGGAAAAUCUCAAUGGUUUAAACCGUGGAGACUUCAACAGAUAUUCAAAAAUCACAUAUCGGGAUUUGCAUAACAACUAUGAAUUAAAAGACUGUAGUCAAGGUGACGCUGUAAGCUUCUAUGAUGAACAUUAUACAGAUGAUGAGGAAGACAAGAUGGACAGACAACAGGUUUCUUGUAUUCCUUUCAAUAGAGGCUGACUUCAUUUAGAUGGAUCAUUAAAGAAAUUAAUCAUUGGUGUCACACAAGUCUGACAUGCAGUUUCUAUUGACAAAUGUUUAUCUCUUGCAAUAAAAAAAGCAACUUUUAUUAUCACAA